GUUUGGGCAAUCUAAGCCUUUGCGUGACUCGCCGAUCUACGUUUGUUCUUGAUUGUGUUGAGAAUAGAUAUCUACUGAGCCCGAAUCCUGCCUGCAUAUAAAAGGCCGGACCCUCCUCUAAACACUCUUCCCAUGCAACCAUAAUUGGAGCCCCUUUUCCCGACGGCCUCCGACUCGGUAAAACAAACCCUACCUGAUCAGCACGCACACUCCCCGGUCGAGCGACAACGACAUAUUCGGCUCGCAAUGCCGUCUCCACAAUCAAGCAAGGUUGCGUUCGAGCAGGUUCCCGGACACAUCCCGCCACAGGAAGAGGAUCUGGAGUUGGAAUGUGGGAUGGAUUACGAGCCAGCUGUGCUGGCCAGAGAAGGUCUACGCAGGCGCCGGGGGAGGGCGUUCUCCAUACCAUUACCGGUAGCGCUACUGGGGAUAUUGACGCUAUUACUGGCUGCUGUCGUCGUUCCGUCAAGUACGGUAUUCGUCACAAAUGCUAAGAGAAAUGCAGAAGAUGAUGCAAGCACCAUCCUAAAUCUCACAACAAUCCAAGCCGUGGCAAGCAUCGAAGGGAUCAUGAACAAGUACUACCGGGCCGCCUACAACAUCGGUGCUCGCACAACGGCGAAGAAGGCCAUGAGCGCCUCCGUGUUUGCAACAGGCGGCGGUGACUGGAGUUAUGAGGUUGCGGAAACACUGACUACUUUGCUUUACCGCAGAAUUGCCAACCCCUCUGAAUCAAACAAACGCCGCAUCAGCAUGGGGACCCGCCAUGACCGACAUACCCAACUUCCGCUUCGCGGGCCACGAAAACCUGCGCCAGCCUCGUUUGUACACCUACCCCAACGGGACCGUCAUAAUGAACACCACAACCACGCUCGCGUAUAUGUUCAUGGACAAUGUCACCUUCCUGCCCACGGCGAGUGUACCGUUUUGGCCAGACAACACCGGUCCAACCAGGGGAGGGUACUACGAGUUCGCGCAGAUGACGGAUGAUAGGGGCCAGCUGUUCCCGGCUGAUGCUAUUGCGCCCGCCAUGAAAGACAAUCCGUAUGCGUCGCCGGGAUACAAUAUCAGCGGGGACUUCAAGAAGCCAGCAGAUCUUAUUACAUGGACGUAUAAUGUCUAUACGAAGAACCUGUACGAUCCGCGGAAUGACCGGAACUUUCGGUAUAUUGCUACGAAACCCGCGCAC